AUGGACGUGAACGAGUUCCGGGUGCGCGGCAAGGAGAUGGUGGACUACAUCUGCGAGUACAUGGAGACGCUGGACAAGCGGCGCGUCACACCCAGCAUCGAACCGGGCUACCUGCGGCCGCUGCUACCGGAGGAGGCUCCGCAGGAACCCGAGGACUGGACGGACAUCAUGCGCGACGUCGAGUCCAAGAUCAUGCCGGGGGUGACGCACUGGCAGCACCCCAGGUUCCACGCGUACUUUCCAUCCGGCAACUCGUACCCGUCCAUCCUGGGGGACAUGCUGUGUGACGCCAUCGGGUGCAUCGGCUUCUCCUGGGCGGCGAGUCCCGCAUGCACAGAGCUGGAGACAAUCGUACUAGAUUGGCUUGGGAAGGCGAUAGGCUUGCCGAACGAGUUCCUCGCAUUUGCCGAAGGCAGCAAAGGAGGCGGUGUCAUUCAGACGUCCGCGAGCGAGUGCGUGCUGGUGACGAUGCUGGCGGCGCGCGCGCAGGCCAUCCGCCGGCUGAAGCAGCAGCAGCCGCUGGCCGAGGAGGCCUCUCUGCUGGCGCGCCUCAUCGGCUACUGCUCCAAGGAGUCGCACUCCUGCGUCGAGAAGGCCGCCAUGAUCUGCUUCGUGCGGCUGCGCAUCCUCGAGCCCGACGACAAGUGCUGUCUGCGCGGCGAGACCCUCAGACAGGCGAUGGAGGAGGACGAGGCGCUGGGCCACAUCCCGUUCUUCGUGUCGACGACGCUGGGCACGACGUCGUGCUGCUCGUUCGACGACCUGCAGGAGAUCGGGCCGGUGUGCCGCAGCUUCCCGUGCGUGUGGCUGCACGUGGACGGCGCGUACGCCGGCAACGCCUUCAUCUGCCCCGAGCUGAAGCCGCUGCUGCGCGGCAUCGAGUACGCCGACUCGUUCAACACCAACCCCAACAAGUGGCUGCUCGUCAACUUCGACUGCUCGACCAUGUGGGUGCGCGACCGCAUCCGGCUGACGUCGGCGCUCGUGGUGGACCCGCUGUACCUGCAGCACGGGUACUCGGACGCCACCAUCGACUACCGCCACUGGGGCGUGCCGCUGUCGCGCCGCUUCCGCUCGCUCAAGCUGUGGUUCGUGCUGCGCUCGUACGGCAUCAGCGGCCUGCAGGCCUACAUCAGGCACCACAUCGAGCUCGCCAAGGCGUUCGAGGCGCUCGUGCGCAAGGACUCGCGCUUCGAGGUCUGCAACGAGGUCAAGCUGGGCCUGGUUUGCUUCCGGCUGCGCGGCUCGGACCAGCUGAACCAGAAGCUGCUGGGCACGAUCAACGCGUCGGGGCGCCUCCACAUGGUGCCCGCCUCCGUCAACGACAAGUACGUGAUCCGCUUCUGCGCCGUCGCGCAGAACGCCACCCACGCCGACGUCGACCAUGCGUGGGACGUCAUCACUGAAAUCGCCACUGAGCUGCUGGAGACCUACAACGUGGAGAAAGAUCAGCCGGAACCAGUGGACGAGGUGUUGGACCUGGAGGACCGGAAGAAGCGCGAGACGCUGGCGUACAAGCGCUCCUUCUUCGUGCGGAUGGUGAGCGACCCCAAGCUGUACAACCCCAAGAUCGCCAAGAGCCUGCCCGGCAAGCGGCACCGCCACCUCAGCGACCGUGGCGCCACCGUCGACAACGGCGUCUCCAUCAACGCGCCGCCCCAGGCUUCCUGGAUCAGCUGGCCGUUAGCGUUCCUCUUCCAAGGCGUCCUGGAUGACUCUAAUGAAGUCCCUCUUAGGUUCCGGCACCUGGACACGAUGGUGCGGCUGAAGGCGCAGCGCGGCAGCAACAGCGGCCAGGGCAGCGGCUCCUCCAAGUCGCCCUCCCCGGAGCACGAGAGGGACCGGGAUAAGGAGCGCGACAAGUCGCCGCGCCGCUCCCCCAUCAUGGGCCGGCGCCAGCCGUCGCCCUGCAAGGAGCACCACUGA